AUGGCGACCAGCGGCGAGUUCAAGCGGCUCGUGCUGAAGCAGUUCCCGGCUACGAACGAGGUGGAGACGGCCGAGAACUCAUACUGGAAGAAGUUUCAUGCACCCCAAGAUCUACAGCAGGUCGGCCCCGUCACCCACAUCGACGUGUCGCCAGUAGCGCCGCACCAAGUAGCUAUCACCUCGUCCACGCGUAUCCACCUAUACAGCACCACGACCAACGAAAUUGUUAAGACCUUCAGCCGUUUCCGCGACGUCGUAUACUCCGGCACCUUCCGAUCAGACGGCAAAUUGCUGGUGGCAGGUGGAGAGGCUCCCUUCGUUCAGGUACUGGACAUCAACACGCGUUCUAUUCUACGGUCCUUCAAGGGUCACACUGCUGCUAUCCGCAGCACCCGCUUCUCAGCAGAUAAUGUGCACGUGCUGUCGUGCUCUGAUGACAAGACAGCCCGGUACUGGGACCUGCCUACAGGCAAGCCGCUUGCUCUGCUGGGAGAGCACUCAGACUAUGUGCGCUCGUCGGCUGCCAACCCGUCAUCCCACAACGUUUGGGCAACGGGCUCGUACGACCACACUGUUAAGCUCUGGGACCUGCGCACGUCGGACCAGACGGUGUCUAAGAGCACCAUGAAUCUGGACCACGGUGCUCCAGUUGAGGCGUGUAUGGUCAUGCCGGGUGGCAGUCUGCUACUGUCGACCGGUGGCAACACUAUCAAGGUGUGGGACAUUCUAUGCGGUGGACGGAUGCUUCACUCGUUCUCGAGCCACCAGAAGACCAUCACUAGCUUGGGGCUAGAUGGCACGGGCACACGUCUCAUGUCUGGAUCGCUCGAUGGACACCUGAAAAUUUACGACUUGAAGACGUACGAACUUGCACACGGAUUUAAGUACAAGAGCGGUGUUCUCGCCUUCGGUAUGUCGCCGACAAACUCGCACCUUUUCGCUGGUACGGUGGACGGUAUUCUAGCUGUACGUCGGCGCACCUUGAAGCGCACAGAGCAGAAUGACAUCAAGACCCGUCAAGCUAUCAUUCGUGGCGGCAGCUACAAGUACUUUUUGCGUGGCAAAAAUGCAAAGCCAGCAGCUGCUGACUACACUGUGGCCACCACCCGUCACAAACGUAUUCAGCCGUACGACCGUGCCCUUCGGAAAUUCGACUACAAGAAGGCUUUGAACGAGGCUCUGGACACACGUUCACCUGUCGUUGUUGCCAGUAUGCUGGAGGAGCUACGCCUGCGUGUGGGACUCAAGCGUGCGCUGGGAGGACGCGACGAGGAAUCGCUCGAGCCUCUUCUGGCUUUCCUAAUCAAAUACGUGACCGACCCCAAGUACGCGUCGCUACUCAUCCACGUCUGCACGAUUAUGUGCGACCUGUACGCACCGAAGCUUAGCCAGUCUAUGCUUAUUGACAGCUUGUUCGUGAAGCUUCGCGAGAAGCUCAACGAGGAGCUACGCGUGCAAAAGCAAGUACUGAGUGUGGUGGGUAUGAUGGACUCGCUCAUGGCUGCUCAGUCGAACGGCACCGUCGGGGUGGAUGUCAGCAGUUAG